GGAGGACGAACGGCGCUUGCGCGCGUCAGCGGCUGCCUGCUCCGUGGUGUCGUAUUGGCCUCCCUCUCACCAUAUGUGCCCGGGCGCGUGUGGAUGUGGCUGGCUGGGCCCUGCGCAAGGAAAAGGCGCCUGAGAGGCAGUUGCGAGCGCAGCCAUGGGCAAGAAGCAGAAAAGCAAGAGCGAGGAGAGGUAACUUGACGGGGUUCAUGGCCGAGGGAGGAGGGGUCGUGGGGUUCCUCGCUCUUAUUCCCGGCCGCUGAGGGAGUCAGGCUUCCCUGAGGGGACGUUUCCCCGCAUUCCUCGGCGGGGUUCAGGGGAGCUCGUGGUUCUUCCUGGGCCUCGGCCACUCGCCCCUUUCCCUUUCCCUGGAGGGCCGUGGUGGCUUGAGGGGGCCGGUGUCGCCCAGCGCCCUCGGGCGGGGGAACCUCCUCUCCGGCGGGCGCCCUUUGGGGACUCCAGCCCCUUCCUGCGCUGUCAGUCGCUAACUCGAGGUUUAUUUCCCGCAGUUAUUUCGAGGCGCGCUCCCGUCUCCUGUUUUUCCCCCGCCGUAAAAAUUUCCUUUUCUCGGGCAAGUUGCUUUAUUAAGCGCUACUCGACCCACCUCUGCUGCAAAGCCGGCGGAGAGGCCCAAGGUUUGCAAAUGGAGGCUUGACUCAGCUGCACAGCCAUCCGGAAAAUCUGGCGCAGUGAGCGUGUGGGGCUCGCAGCUCCCGCAAUUUCUUCUGGUGUGUCCGCGUUGUGUUGGUGUCGGAGGUAAUCGUGGCCAACUGCAGAGGAACCUCGACGGUUGGUUUUUUUGCAGUGACCCAGGUGUUAAUAGUAUUGCUGGGGAAGGCUCUUGUCCAAAAACGCCAUUCCCGAAUGGAGGAGCUUUGUGAUACGCCAGUGUCAGGGAACAGGAUCUUCUUGCAAGUUUAAAGUACCCUAAAUGAGCAAGCCCGUUGGUCAGAUAAAGAUUUUAUUCCCUUUGGUUACAAAUUUGUGGCUUUAAUUUUGAACCUGCUAGGUUUUUCAGACAGGUGGCCAAGGCAAAUGCCCAGAGUCAAUAUACUGCAUUGUGAAAGAAAAAUUUUGGGACAGGUUUGCAUAGUGUGUAUGGGAGUGUGAUGGGAGAAGUUGAGAGAAUGGGCGGGGCAGCUAAAAUUUGAAGGUAGGACGAUGUGAAGUGCUUAAUGUGCAAAAACAGACUGUAAUGGAACAGUUUUUAAAAAUAACAUGGUUAACUGGUUUCUGCUCAGCCAAUUUGAUGCUGAGCAGUGUAUACAAUUAAUUAAUUAAUUAAUUAAUCACACUAUAGAUUCUGAAGUAUAGAAGGAAAUUGGAUGGAAAUGACAUUAGGAAGAAAAUGAAAUGUGUGCAGUUUUUGCUUGUUUGUUGUACCUAAGCCUUUGCUCAGUGCUUGAAGAACAUGAAACAAUUAUAUGUAUAAUUUAGCAUAUGAAACUUUGCUGUUCAGUAUGUUUUUGAAAUAAAGUGCAAAUGCCUAGUUUUUAUUUAAACAGUAGCCACAAAUAUACCAAAUUGAUGGAGAAUACAGGAUGAUGGCUACAUUGCAUCCAGUAUUGGAGGUAGUAUGAGAUGAAUACCAUCAGCUGGGGAGCAUGAGUGGAAUAUGGCUAGUGUCCUCACAGGCUGCUUGUGGACUUUCCAUAAGUGGAGGAACUGGGGAGAGCAAGGGGUGGGAGGGAAUCACCAGUGCUUCUGAAUUGAAUUUUAUCAGGCAGUAGUUUCUUUGAGGUCCCUUCCCUUCUCCAUUAGUCAUUCUGUUUUUAUCCACUACGGUUUUAUGCCUUGAGCUGUAGCCUGUAAGAUCCAAAAGGGUAUGGAAGACAAAAGAGGGGUGUAGUGGAGCACUCAGUUAAUUUUCUUCAUUUAAGGCCAUAUGCUCUGAUACUCCCUCCAUGAUAAAUAUAAAUAAAUAUAAGUAAAAGAAAAGAGGAUCAGAGAUAAGAAAACACAUUUGAUCUGAACAUCUUUGUUUAUGCUACACUAUCGAUAAGAAUUUACAUUGAAACAUCCUUCUAUAUUGCAAUGCAGAUCAGAUCAUCAGAAGCCAUUAGUAUAAAAAGUAGAUAAACUUGCUAAUUAUUAUUUUUUUAAAAUAUAAUUUUUAUAGCGUUUUUUUGGGUACAUUUGGAUCCAUUCCUGUCACUUGAGGCUCAGGUGGCUUCAGUAGUGCAGUGUGUCUUCCAUCAGCUUCAGCUGGUGACCCAGCUGUGCCCCUAUCUGGACAAGGAUAACCUAACUUCUGUCAUCUAUGCUCUGGUAACCUCUAGGUUAGAUUACUGCAAUGUGUUAUAUAUAGGGCUGCUUGUGAAGAUGGUUUGGAAACUCCAGCUGCAGCAGAAUUGGUGGCCAGGCUGCCAACAAGGGCAAGAUGGUUUGAGCAUAUUACACAGAUCUUGACCCAACUGCACUGGCUGCCAAUUCAUUUCCGAGCCCAAUUCAAAGUGCUGUUUUUGACCUAUAAAGCCUUAAAUGGUUCAGGACCGCAAAAACUCAAGGACUGCCAGGGUGGAUUUGAUUUAAAUCAAAUCAAUUUAAAUCACUUGUCAGUAAGACUUGAUUUAAAUCAUUUUUUUACAGAAAGACUCAUUCUUUCUGGUAUAAUCUUAAUAUUUACAACUGGGAAGAAGGUCCUGGAACCAGUGAACUCUUAUUAGUUGACUGGCAAGCACUUCAAGGUCUCGCAAAGGGCUUACACAUUCCAGUUACUAUUUCCACCCCUACCUCUUUGGGUGGUGUAGUGGCUAAGAGCGGUGGACUCAUAAUCUGGUGAACCGGGUUCACGUCUCCACUCCUCCACAUGCAACUGCUGGGUGAUCUUGGGCUAGUCACACUUAUCUGAAGUCUCUCAGUCCCACUCACCUCACAGAGUGUUUGUUGUGGGGGAGGAAGGGAAAGGAGAAUGUUAGCCACUUUGAGACUCCUUCCGGUAGUGAUAAAGCGGGAUAUCAAAUCCAAACUCCUCCUCCUCCUCCUCCUCCCCCCUCCUCCUCUUCCUCUUCUUCUUCUUCUUCCUCCUCUUCUUCUUCUUCUAUAUUCAGCUGCCUAUUCUGUACAGUUAACUGUUAGUGCAGUUAUUGGAAUGCAGUGGGAUUGGGAAGAGGUUGCCAGCCCUGAUAUGCUGGCAAGAGGUUGCCAGCCCUGAUAUGCUUGCCUCAAGUCUGAGUUGCACAAUUAUUACACAAAGAUCCCAAGACUUGUGGAAUAUUCUGCUCACAAGGUCGCACUUCCAUUUUCACUUCUUCACACUUAGCUACUUGUGCAGAUCUAUUCAACUCGAAACAAUCUGUUCAUUGAACCUCUUGAAAUUUAGCAUUUAAGAGGCAAGGGGUUGAUUCUGUGUAUAUAAAUUUGCAAAGGAACAAUGGAAUUAAGGUUUUUUCCUCAACUCUGUAUGUUUAUUUUAUAAAAAUUUUCCUGUGAAGAAAAGGCAUGUUACCUCUGCAGACACAAAUUCACACUUUAGAGAACUGCAAAAACAAGCAUCUGUGAUAAUAUCUUCUUGUUAGAAAAACUGCCCCAAAUAAUCUUACAGAAACCUCUGGAAGAGCAUGACAUUGUGAAUGGAUUAAUGGAAUUCAUUUACCAAAAAAUUUAAACAUUGCAUAUAAAGCCUCGUGCUACAUAAUUAAAAACAAAUGCUUAUUUACCGAAUAGCCUUUGGACUAUAAUGUAACUUAAAUAGAAAACUAUUUUUAGAAUUUUUUUUCCUCCAAAAGCAUUUAAUUUUUUUAAAAAAUCCAAUUUAAAUAAAAAUAUCUGAUCUAAAUUUUUUUUCCAAUUUCUGUAAAAAAAAAUUAAAAACAAACAAACAAAGAUUUAUUUUUAUCCACCCUGAGGACUGCCUUUCCCCAUAUGAACCAAUACAGACCCUGCAGUCAUCAUCUGAGGCCUUUCUUCAUGUGCUUCCUCUGCAAGGGGUCUUGCGGGUGACAACAUGAGAAUGGCCCUUUUCUUCAGUGGCUCACUGUGGAAUGCUCUCUCCAAGGGGACUCACUUGGCACCUUCAUUACCUAUCAUCAGGUGCCAGGCAAAAGUGAUUCUCUAUAACCAGGCCUUUGGUUGAUUAACAUUUUAUGGCCUUGUAAAUAUUUUUGGCAGGAUAUUGGUUUGUUUUUGUUUUAUUAUGUAUUAUGUGUUUUCAUUUUGUAUUUUUAUGUUGUGAACCACCCUGUGAUCUUUGGAUGAAAGGCAGUAUACAAAGAACAAUAAUAAUAAUUAAUAAUGUGUUGGCCACUGUUUGGAGAGAAUAAUAAUAAUAAUAAUUUAUUUUUUAUACCACGCCCGUCUGGCUGGGUUUCCCCAGCCACUCUGUUUGGCUCCCAACAGAAUAUUAAAAACAUGACAAAACAUGUUGAUUUAGUGGCAAAUAGUGUUCUGGUUGUCCCCACAAUCUCUUUCUGUUGCAUUUGCUGAGACUGUUUUCAGUUUUUGCAAUAUGUGGGUAAAGAUGGGGUGACAUUAACGAUGCUGGGAAGAAACAACUGACACAAUAGAAAUUGUGCAGGUGUUGAAUGUCCCAUUUUGAUAUGGAGUGGGCCUUGACGCUUCGAAGGAGAUGCUAGUGUGGUCAUUCCUGGAAAAACAAACCCAACUGAUUUAACUGUCUGCCAGUCAGUUUCUAGUGCAGCCAAGGUCCUCCAUUUAAAGCAUUGUAGUUUUUGCUCUAGAUUAGUUAACCCAUAACUCUUUUUCUCCUGACUGUGCCCAUCAUCUUCUCUGGCUUUGCCCAUUGCCAAUAUGCAGCUCUCAGCAGAUUAUCCUCAAAGGAAUCUGGCCCAUGAGAGAAAAAAGGAUGCCUAAUUCUUCUUUAAUGACUUCCCGAGUCUACUGCAGUGCUAAGUACAUGAAUGUGCCAGAAUGUUGUGGCAACGAUAGUUCAGUAUAUGCUGCAUAACACUUUGGUAUUGCAACAACUGCAUUGGUCUGAUGGGUAACUACAAGAGACAGAGCCUUCUUUGACUCAGUGGAGCCUAACCUUCAGAACUUGCUCCCUAGAGAGACUUGCCUGGUUUCGCUUAAGUUUAAGGAGACAGGUCAUGAUAGCAUUCUGUUAGCAGAGCCUUUGACACAACAAUAACUGGUUUUGAUUUCACCUUAUUUUGUGUUUGCUGCUGUACUAUUUUUAAUUUUGUUCUUGUUGCUUUGUUGAGCCCUGAGCUGCUUUGUGUUUUAUAUAGCUAUAUAGAUAUAGGCGAUACACACGUUUCAAAUAAAUCAAUGGUAUAGUAACUGCAGACAAAACCAGUAAGCCUGAACCAGUAUACGGUAUUGUCAUGUAAAUAGUACAUCCCCCACUUUAAAUUAUUAACAUAAUUUAAGCCCUAAUCUACAGUUUAUAAUUUGUUCACAUAGCCAGUUUUCUGGCAUCCAUCAAGCACAAUAGUCAGGUCUGUGUAGAUUCUAGGAAACUGAAGAUACACACAAAUUGAAAGGCUUUUCAUUCUUUUAUCUGUUAGCAAUCUUCUUACAUGUACUUCCAGUCAUGGACUAUUUUCUUUUACAUGAUAUAGAAAAUAGAGGACGCUGAGUAGGCAGUGAGUUGGAGAUUGUGUUGCAACAAGUUACUAAGGCCUUUGUGCUUACCCCCUCCCCAGUCAGCUUGAUGGAUUCUUGGAGCUUUGAGUUACUGUGCAGCUUUUGAAAGUACUCCAGCACCAAGUACAACGUUUUCCUAUUUUUUCUUCCAUUCUGGACCUUAGAAAAGGGGGUGGGGUAGUCAAAACUUGUCCAUUGCAUAGGCCUUCUCUGAAAUGUCCUAGUUCAGUUGGUUAAGAGCAUGGUGCUGAUAACGCCUAGGUCGUGGGUUUGAUCCCUGCCUAUUCCCAUGUUGGGAAUGUAAUACUAUGUUUGUGGAAUUCCGUUUGGAUUUUUCUUUUAAAAACAGCACAUACCUGGCAUCCAAUUUAAACUGGGUCUUUUAUUUGCUGAACACAAUUGAGUUAAAGUGUAACUCUGCCAUUGAUUGUUGUAUAAUAAACCAACACAAAGUGUUAGUUAUUACAUGAUGUUGCAUCAGAACAGGAAUUUACCCAUAAAUACGACUCUUCCCACUUUCCCUGACUCUUAUAAAAGAUAGGACAGUAAAAACAGAUGUAUGCCCAACUUGGAACAACUGCAGAGGGUCUCUUUCUACCUUGGAAGAUAUUUUCCCAACCUCACAUUGUUCCAUGGACAAAAAAUAUAACACACAGGGUCUGAAAUUGUUGGAAUUGUUAUUCCAACAUAAAUUUUAUAUUCUUCAUGGGAGUCCUGUAGGCAGAUAAGGGUCAAUAUACUUAUUUGAACAAACAUGCUGGAAGUGCUAUCAAUCACAUUAUAGUAUCUCCUUCAUUAUUCACUUCUGAAGUAUUAGAAUGAACAGAAAGUGACCACUUUCCAGUAUCAGUGACCCUAUUCCCAGCCAGAUGGAUGAGGUAUAAUAAAUAAAUAUUUAUUUAUUUAUUUCUCAAAUGCAUACAAACAACCGCAUCUGCAAGAGUUUGUGGAGAAAUGCAGGGUGUAAAAAGACAAAUGAUUUCACAGACUGAACAACGAUAUUCAAGAGACACUAUAUAUUAAUCGUCUGAUGAGCUCACACCAACUUUUUAUGAGAAAAUCUCCAUACCUUGAUGUCUUCCUGCAAAUUGCCAUAGGACUUAGGCCUUAUUUGAUAACUAUAGGGCUCAUGUGGAAGCAUAUCUUCUCCUGGAGCUUUAUUUGAUUUCUGGAAGGAAAUAAGGGCCUUUAUCUCAUUACAGAAGACUGUUUGCCAUUCAGGAAGGUUUAAUAAAUCCUUACACACUGCUGGUACAUGUGCCUUUAUUGAGGUGCAUUUCCAAGUGAUGCUCACUUGGAUGGUCGCUACAAGGUCCUGCAUACAGACAGACUGUGUGUCAACGUCUGAUGGAAGACAUCACUCAUUAUCUGUUAGCCUGCCCCUUAAAUAGAGACCCAGGAUAUCACUUUAUGUAGGCUUUGUUCACGCAAGCAAGCAGAUAACAACCCAGCAGAAAUGGUUCAGUUUCUUUUGAGUGACAAUAAUAGCUUUGUAACACAGAGAGUGGCCCUCUAUGCGCUGGCCACAAAAAAGGGGGGAAAGAGUUAGAUAAAAUUGCUAUAUGAUAGGUUUCUGGAUGAAACAUCGGCUCUGGAUCCAUUCCAGUCCGGCUUCCGCGCUGGUCAUGGGACCGAGACGGCUCUGGUCGCCCUAACAGAUGAUCUCCGCAGGCAGCUGGAUCGAGGCGGGUCAGGGCUGCUGAUUCUUCUAGACCUGUCAGCAGCCUUCGACAUGGUCGAUCACGAACUCCUGGACCACCGCCUUGCCGACGUGGGGAUCCAGGGCACAGUCCUUCAAUGGCUGCGCUUGUUUCUCUCUGGUCGGGGACAGAGGGUGGCGCUUGGGGGGGAAUUGUCAUCGCGCCACUCCUUGGUGUGUGGAGUGCCUCAGGGUGCGAUACUCUCCCCGAUGCUUUUAACAUCUUUAUGCGCCCUCGCCCAGCUUGUCCGGAGUUUUGGGCUGGGUUGCCAUCAGUAUGCCGAUGACACCCAACUCUAUCUGUUGAUGGAUGGCCAUCCUGACUCAGCCCCAGACACACUGACCAGAUGUUUGGAAGCUGUGGCUGGAUGGUUACGUGGAAGCCGGUUGAAGUUAAAUCCUUCGAAGACAGAGGUCCUCUGGCUGGGACGGGAUGAUAUGGGAUUGGGGGGGCAACUCCCAUCUCUUGCGGGGGUGCAAUUAGUGCCAGCACCGUCCGUUAAGAGUUUGGGUGUAAUCUUCGAUACCUCCCUCUCUAUGGAGGCGCAGAUUACAGCUAUAACAAAGGCGGCAUUUUUUCAUCUCUGCCAAGCUAAGCAGUUGGCCCCUUAUCUCUCUCGCCCUGACCUAGCCACUGUGAUCCACGCGACGGUCACCUCCAGACUGGAUUAUUGUAACUCGCUCUACGUGGGGCUGCCCUUGAGACUGACCCAGAAACUCCAGCGGGUGCAGAAUGCCGCGGCGAGACUCCUUAUGGGGUCUUCGCUGCGAGAUCACAUUCAUCCGGUACUAUACCAGCUGCACUGGCUCCCGGUGGAGUACAGGAUCAGGUUUAAGGUGCUGGUUUUAACCUUUAAAGCCCUAUACGGCCUAGGACCCUCGUACCUACGGGACCGCCUCUCCUGGUAUGCCCCACAGAGGAACCUACGGUCUGCAAAUAAAAACAUCCUGAAGGUCCCAGGCCUCAGAGAGGUUAGGCUGGCCUCAACUAGAGCCAGGGCUUUCUCGGCUGCGGUUCCAAUCUGGUGGAACGCUCUGUCACAAGAGACUAGGGCCCUGCGGGACCUGACAUCUUUCCGCAAGGCCUGCAAGACAGAGUUGUUCCACCAGGCCUUUGGUCAGGGCCCAGCCUGACUCCCUCCUCUGGCAACCUGCACAGAACUUUGCUUAACGGUUGCCAUUAAUUUGAUUUUAAUUAAUUUUUAUAAUGAAAUGUUUUAGAAUGUUGGAUUAUUUGAUUGUUUGAUUAUUUGAUUGUUGUUUGCCGCCCUGAGCCCGGCUUUGGUUGGGGAGGGCGGGAUAUAAAUAAAAUUUAUUAUUAUUAUUAUUAUUAUUAUUAUUAUUAUUAUUAUUUUAUUAUAUAUUGCUGUGGUGAUUGAGGCUUAAUCUGAAAUCAAGCUGGAUUUGAGUUGUUGUUUCUGGCAAUUUCUUCCUCUUGCAUCAUAGAUGCUGGUUUAUAUUAUGGAUACUGUAUAUGUUAUGUAUUAUUUUAUUUCUACAUGUUUGUCAUGGUGGCUAGGACAAUAAACUUGUGAACUUCUACUACCAAUACCACUAGAUGUAUGCUCUAGUGUGCUGUACACCCUUCUGUUUGUAAAAACAAUGAUUUAAUGUCUAGUUUGCCUAAAGCUGAGGCUUGCUGACUUGUUCUAUUCCCUGUCUGCUGUGCUGGUGGAAGACACUUCUUCAGGCUAAAUUCCUCUGAAAGGGCAUUCCCAAUUUUCUGACUCAAUAGCUUGCAACAGCAUAGUAUCCUUAUAAGUACGAGAGCUAGCAACUCUUCACAUUCUGGCUGGAUAGAGGAAGGUGUUGUAUCUAUUUCCUUGCUUUGCUUGAAAUAAUUCUCAUGAUGCAGUGUGGUGCUAAUCUUCUAUUAAUGUAAACUUAUUUAGAUGUGGUUGGUAUUAUGUUUUGAAGGUGUUGAAAUUCUUACUGAACAAAUAGUUUCAUUUCAGAGUGUGGUAGUUUUAGUUAAAUUGUAUUUUGCUUAAACACCCCUUUUCCUCCAAGUUGCUUAUGCUGUAUUAAUAGCUAUUUGAUAGUAGUUACUCACUCUGCUGUAAUCUCAUCAAACAGUACAAAUUACUACCUAAAUCUAGUUGACUAUCUUUUUUACAAUGCAACUUUUUGAUAUUAAAAUACUUAACGUUCUCUUAAGGUUAAGUAUUAAUUUGUUUCACUUUUUAGUAAAAGUUGUUUUUUAAUUCUAGUGCCAAGGAUGACAUUGACCUUGAUGCACUUGCAGCCGAAAUAGAGGGUGCAGGUGCUGCCAAAGAACAAGAGCCUCAGAAGUCUAAGGCCAAGAAGAAAAAGGAAAAGAAGAAACCAGAUUUUGAGUAAGUUUGCAAAAUCUGUAUCUGGUAGCUCUAAUCCAACAAAGAUUGCAGGAGUACAAAAGGAGGCUUCUGACUGUAUGCUUAUCCUUAUCUGACUGAAGAACUGUUUAGACCAGUGGCCCCCAAUUGGCUAAGUACUGCAGACUCCUGUUUUUCAAAAGCCAAGUCAUGGACUCCCUACUUUUGAAAACUCUGUGGUAGUUUUUGUUAUGUGAAUACUGUAGUGCCACCAUACCUUCCAACGUGUGCCGGUGCAAAAGCGGGAUGCACGUCUUCGGGCUGCAAUCCCGUGCGAGUCAUGUGACCUGUGCAAAGGCACAGUGCACAAAAAUGUGUGUUUUGGGGUGCUGCAAUCUUGCGUGAGAUGCGUGUCUGGCUGCAAUCGUGUGCAUUUUGGGGCACCAUGUUCUCACUUGAGAGCACGCCCCUCCCAAACAGGGUGUCUUAGACAGUUGACAGGUAUGUGCCAAGAACCCCUUGGGUGGGUUAAGCGGAUCCCCAAUUGGGAACCACUAAUGUAGACAAAUAUGUUUUGCAGGUAUAUAUUCCUGAAGAGUUCCCUCCAGGAGCCAAGCCCAUGCUAUAAUAUUGUUAGUAAUAGUUUGAGUGAGUAGGUGGGGAGAAACACUGUUCUCCCCCUCCCAUCACCAUGCUGAUUAUUGACACUUUCAGUGUUGAUGCUCUGCCUCUACUGAGGGAAAUACAUGUAUGGUAUCAGGCUACUGAUAAAUGUAUGUAUCACCCAAUUGAGCCACAGCAUGGAUUUGUCUGCUUGGCACCAGGAGGACAAAACUGCCUUACCCACCAAUAGCCUGCUGGCAAGUUGGCCCACGCAUCUCCUGCCGUUUGCUUUAUGUGAAAUGCCUUGGAGUAAGUAGUAAGAAGUAUGCAAGAGAAAUAACGCCCUGCUCAAAUACACAUGAGCCUCUACUAGAAUAUAAAAGACAGAAAGGUGUGGAAAUCCAGAAAACAAGGCAGCAGUACUAUAGUCACUAGACCCAUCCAGUUAUUGAACCUAGAUUAUUUGUAAGUAAGCAAUACUUGAAACAUGUAUAAUUGUUCUUAUUGUAGCGAAGAUGAUAUUUCAAAAGAGUUGGAAGAGCUGUCUCUGGAGAUGCAAGGAGGGAAAGCUGAGAGAGAACCAGUUGCAAUAAAGGUAAGUGUCUUGGGGGGGAGGAUGCAUUCAAAGUGUUGCACUACAGCUGAAAGCCCCAGCCAAAGCAAAUUGUGAAUUUUUUUUUUUGAGCUGAAAGCCCCAGCCAAAGCAAAUUGUGAAUUUUUUUUUGAGGGUGAAGAGAAAGAAGCAUUUGGUACUGUCCAGAGAAGAACUUUUGCAUUUGGAAAACUGCCUGUCAUUGUGCAGGUCUCCUUUCAAAAAAAUACAUUAACUUCAUACAAACAUUCCACUAAAGAGCAGAUUCUAUAAGGGCUGCAUUGAGGAGUCAUCUAUCUAUUUAAAAAUAAAUAAAUCACAAGGUUGUGUAACUGGCUUUCCAAAAGGCACUUGACGCACAUAUAUUUUUGUUCCCUAAAAUCUGGUGAUUUUUGUCAUGAGUGUUUUUUGUAGUUUAAUCUGCAACCAGAGAAUCUGGUUGCUGCAAAUGUAUUAUGCUCAAGUGCUGUACAAUUCUUCUAUUUUCUGUUGAGAAUGUUCUAACUUUAAAAUGAUUUAUUUAUUUAUUUAUUUGCUAGACAGAGAAUGACAGUGAAGAAUUUAGCUGUUCAAAACAAGAUAAAAAAAAGAAAGGAAAGAACAAAAGUUCCAACUUAGAUGAUGAUGACAGUGAAGAAAUGGAGGAUAAGGAUAAAAAGUCAAAGAAGGCCCCCAGGCCCCCAAAGGAAGCUCCCUCUGGCAGUGAUGAUGACAAUGAUGACUUUGAUGCAUUGCUUAAGAAAAAGAAAGGAAAACCUCAAAAAUCAAAUAGGAAACAGGAACUUUCCGAAGAUGAUGAAGUUAUCAUUAUCAGGAAAAGCAAAGAGCGUACACAAGCUGUGUCAUCUGGCGAGAGCGGUGAUGAAUUGGAUGAAGGCUCGGAAUCGAAAAAAGGGCAGAAGAAAAGCCAGAAGGCAAAACCAGCCACUGAGGCUGAAAGUGGUGAUGAAGAGGUGGACUCUUCAUUCAAAAUAAAAACAGUGGCUCAGAAGAAGGCAGAGAAGAAAGAGCGUGAGAAAAAAAAGCGUGAAGAGGAAAAGGCCAAAUUGAGGAAACAGAAGGAGAAAGAAGAUCUGGAAGCCAAUAAAGAACAGACAAAGCAGAAGGAGGCUCCAAAGAAGGCUGAAAAAGGAACCACUUCAGAUCUGGUAUCAGAAUCUGCCACUGUGGAAAAAGGAGAAGCUUCAGUAGUAGCAGAAGGUAGGUCAUAUUUGUGAGAAUGUGAGGAACAAGUUUGUAGGAAUUUCAAGAUGAAUGCCAGAACACCUGAAUCAGUUUCCUUGUUCACUAAUUGGUGAUCUUUUUUGUUUCGCUUUAAGCUGGCUUUGUAGUAGGAAAAUUCAUUGCCUGAUUUUAUUUGGAGACUCUAGAAGUCGUAUUGAUGCCCCGAAAACACUAGCUGAUUUGUGGCCCUGAUUUUCUUGACUAAUGUGAUUCUAAAGCAUUUUGCUGAAUAUAAUUUAUGCAGUUCUUAAUGCAUGUGGUGAGCAAGGCUUCUGAGUGGGGGCCCUUUUCAUACGUCCCCUGUGUUGAAAACUAUAUCAUCGCUAGUACUUAGGAAUUUCAGAAACUGCCAAAGACAGUCUGUUUGGGGAAGACCAAACAUUGAGAGCUCCUCCAGACAGUCUGUUCUUUGCAUUCAUCUAGAUUUGCUUGCACAAAACGUAUGUGGUGGUUAGCCUGUGUUUGGGCUUAUUGAGGUCAUUCGUUCUGGGUUAGUUAUAAAUGAGCAUUCAUCUUGAUUUGCUUCUGGGGUGCUAACAUGUCUUCCCAUUAAUCAUUAGUUUGUCCCACACAUCUUGCCUUCCCAUCACUUUCCAAUGGCAAAAAGUCUGUUUCUUAUUUUAAAGUGGAUUUACUGUGCACUUCAGAGCACUUUAAUACACUUUACACAAACCUAAAUUUCCAGUAUGUGCUUGAAUCCCUUCACAAAAUUGUGACAGUCUGGAGGGACCCCGAGAGCCUAGAAUGCAUGCAGAGGGCUUUUCAUGCUCCUAAAGGGUCAGUGGCACCCCUACAUUUUGUCGAUUUUCUCUUUAGUUUUCUUUGUUUUUAAAUUCUGCAAAUGGAUAACUGACUUUCUUGUUUAGGCGAUGACAAUGAAGGAGAGAAAAAGAAGAAAGAGAAAGAUAAAAAGAAAAAGAAAGGGGAGAAAGAAGAAAAAGAAAAAGAGAAGAAAAAAGGUCCAAGUAAGGCCACAGUUAAAGCAAUGCAAGAAGCCUUGGCUAAGCUGAAAGAGGAAGAGGAAAGGGCAAAGAGGGAGGAAGAGGAACGGAUAAAACGACUGGAAGAGCUGGAAGCCAAGCGUCAAGAAGAGGUACUGCUUGUAUUCAUAUAGGAAGGGGAAAGGAUAAUGGAGGCCCACACCUGUAUGCUUUUGACUUUGAAAGGAGAUUGCAGCCCAGUUAAAGGGGAGCCUGCUGCCAAGGAAUGGCUAUUCUAUGCGUUCUGGAAAGCAUUGUGUAUGAAUAUUUGCUUCCUUAUAGGAACGCUUGGAGCAAGAAAGAAAGGAAAGGAAGAAACAAAAAGAAAAGGAGAGAAAAGAGCGAUUGAAGAAGGAGGGGAAGCUUUUAACUAAAUCUCAGAAAGAAGCUAGAGCCAGAGCAGAGGCUACUCUUAAACUACUGCAAGCUCAGGGUAAGGAUUGCGAUGCACACUAACCUUCUAACUACUUUCCUGUAUGUAGACAAAAAUGCUGUAGAGUCUUUGCCAGUUUUUGGAAGCUGAGGAGGAAUUAAACAAUGGGCUCUUAUCUGCAAUUUUGUUUUUGGCAUCUGGAGAAGAGAGUUAAACAUGAGCAGGAGUCUUUAUUUAGAAGUAAAUGCAAACUCCAAACCACCCAAUUUCAGGUGGUCCUAUGAACCUGUCCUCUUUUAUAAGAUACUAGCUUCCUGACACUGCAGUCCUAUGCACCCUUGGAGCUAACUUUUAUUGAACUAAGUAGGACUGACUUCUGAAUAAACAUGCUUUGACUUAAGCUGCACAUCUGUAAGUCAUAACAACUGAAAUAUUUUAAAAGCACCCACCUUAGUAUUAUUACUUUAAAACUAGCAAAUUUAGUUAUUUGCAUAAAAAGUCUCCAGAGUCCUUCAGUGGAGGUGGACUGCAGAAAAAAAUGGUUCAUUAAAAAAUGAUGAUGUUAGUUGACUUGUCUUGAGUGUCUUUGCAGAAGAGCUGACCUAUGAAAGCCAAUUAGGGUUUGAAACCAUAAUUAUUUAGAAAUGUUUUCUGAGGCUCUUUAUUCUGUUGUGGCAUGGACAUAGUGUGGGAAACACCUUGCUCAUUAUCCUGUGACAAAUUUCUUAUCCCCUGCAAACAGCUUGAAGGCUUGGGAGCCCUCAGUUACUUCCCUUAACUCAAUCAGUGCCAAGGCUUGUUUGGGUCAAGAUGUUCAAACAUUUACCCAGUGUGUAAUCAAUGUCCCUGGUCAACAACCAGGGAUGAUUCUAGUUCAACAGCUUCUGGAGGGCACAAUGUUAACUGCUCUACUUGAGAUUACUGCAUUGCAGGGGGUUGGACUAGAUGACCCUAGGGGUCCCUUCCAACUCUAUGAUUCUAUUAUUCCCCUGCAUUAUCCUGUGUUCAUUCACAAAUCCAGCUGCAGGUCACCAAAUGGAUUGCAUUUCAGUGUUACAUUAAAUUUUAGUAAUAAUAAAAAUAAAUGUUUUUGUUGCUACUUGGCAGGUGUUGAGGUGCCAUCCAAAGAUUCUGUGCCAAAGAAAAGGCCAAUAUAUGAAGACAAAAAGAAAAAGAAGCAACAGCAGCAGGAAAACAAAGAAGGUAAGAAUAUUGUUUCUGCAGUACUUUUAAAAAUAAAGAUUAAAAAAGGCAAACAUAAUGUCAGCCCUUCCUGUCUACUAUGUUUUGAAGCACCCUCCCCUUUAUGGUAUCACAGAGAAAACUGGUAUUCCUGUGUAUCUUUGGGGCUGCAUAUUUAAAAGCCAGUGGAAUUCUUGGCUGACUUUUAAAAAAAGAAUUUGUAUCAAGAACCCUGAAUUUUCUCUAAUCAGACUUUGUUAACAAGACUUUAUAGACCGAAUUCCCCAAAACUUCAUGUUAGACUGGCAGUGAUUGGUUCUUUUCUCAGUAUUGUAUACACUGAAGACUGGGAGGAAUUGUAUGCUAGUAAGAGUCAAGAGGCCUUUAAUUACAGUGUAUUUAUUUUGAGAGAUGAAUUUUGCAGGACCAGUAAUGUACUUACAGUUGCAGUAGUUUUGUUCUGGGCAAAUACAACGCAUCUUUGUGGUUGGCCUUCUUACUACAGCAAAGCUGUAGUAAUUUUCUCUUGUAAUUUUAGAAAUUAUAGAGUUGACUUCCCCAACUGAAGAAGCUGUAGAACCAGUUACACCAGUAAAAGAAGAGAUCAUUCUUCCAGCAAAUCCAGGUCAGUAUUAAAUCAGGUAUUCCAUGUUGCUUUUAUCUAAAGCAGUAAUUCCCAAACUUUCCCCUUGCUCAUGGACCAGUUGAAAAUUGCUGAGAGUUGUAGCAAGCCACUUAAUGAUUCCCCCCGCCCCCAUGUUGUAGAAAUUGUAAAGCACUGAGGUAGAGGCCACAUGAUUUAAUUUUAUAUUUUAUUUAUUUAUUUAGAGCAUUUGAACCCCACAUUUCAGCCAAAAUGGCUCUCUGGGUGGCUUACAUACUACUAAUUAAAACAAGAGGCCCUGCCUUCAGGCUUACAGUCGAAAAAGCACAGCAGGCAAGAGAAAUGGGACAGGUAGGGGAGAGGAAAAAAGCAAGCUCAUUCACCAGUUCUUAAAUAGUAGCUCUUACAAUGACCAGCAGCCAUAGAAACAGUUCAGAGGCAGAGAGUUGCCUGAUGGAACUGGUGUUUUGGCUGAUUGGACGAGCCCUGUGUCCCAUCUCCCACUGAGGCUACAUGAUGAAAUGAUGCUACUAGGUGACAGUAGGCCCAUAGAAUUAAAAUCACAAUACAAUAAAGCAUUAUUUAAUUUAAAACACCAACAAUGAAUAUACAAUUAGAUAUCAAUAUAAAUAUUUCAUGUGGCAUAUGUGCCAUCUCUUCUCUUCAACCACAAAACCACAGACAGGCUGUGUAACCACAUACCACCUGAAUGAAGCUUGUUGGCCUUUGGUGGUACCCAGACCGCAGUUUGAGAAUCCUUGAUCCUAAAGCACAGAACCAGACUUCUAAAAAUAAUAAUAAUAAUAAUAAUUCUUUUUCUUAAACCUAAUGUCAGGCCAGUUAAACCAGCUUUGGGAGCCAACUUUGAGGGUCAGGGGCACCAUCUGGGCCACGCCCUCAAGAUUCCACAGUGACAUGCUCACGUCACACGUGCAAGUUGCAUGUCAUGCGUGUGACACAUCAGCACGUUGUGUGGCAUGUGUGCUGGCCCCCUAAAUCAUGAGGGGCAAGUUGGCACGUCUGUUGAGGGUACUCAGUGUUUAUAUUAAGCCAAUGAUAGAACAUCUGGCUAAUUCAAGUAGCUGUCCAGCCCCAUACCUCCUCUGUAAACAUAUUGAUACAUUAUCCUAAAAUAAUAAUAAAACCUAUUAUGAAACCAGUUGCCUUUUAGUUUCAGAAGAAAGGGAGGAAGAGGAGCCUGAAGAUACAGGAUUAGAUGACUGGGAAGCCAUGGUCAGCGACGAAGAGAGAGAGAAGGGUAAGUGUCUUUUGGAAAAGCAAUGGACCACCACCUAGGCCUGAGACCUCUGCUUCUUUUUGUUCAAAGCAUAGCACUUCUCUCACAGAGUUGAAAUGAGUGAACAAGCACAAUAUGUACAUACUUCGGCUCCACCAAGUCCUUUAAACUGUUGCGUGAUCCGCUUGGUUAUUGGGUUUACAGGGUUUUCAGCCACUAUCUCUGUAGUGCCCCACGCACUAAAAACAUGAAGUGCGUGGUCCUAUCAGUCAGCCAAUAAAAAUAAGUUUGAAACCAACCUUCCUUGUUCGUUUAAUCAGCAGUUCUCAACCUGUGGGUCCCCAGAUGUUGUUGGACUACAACUCCCAUCAUCCCUGAGCUCUGGCCUUGCUAGCUAGGGGUGAUGGGAGUUGUAGUUCAACAACAUCUGGGGACCCACAGGUUGAGACAGGCUGGUUUAAAUGAAUUCACUUAGCAGUAUGACUGUGGACAAGGAGGACUUGGGGAAAAGUUGGGUCAAAAGCUUACCAUGUUUAUGUUUUGAACAAUAAAUUCUUCAGAAUGAAUGAAAUAUAUAUUUUCUAUAUAUAAAGUCAAUAAUGGGGUAAGCCACAGUUUCACUUUUUGAAACACCUAUACCUCCCUUAUUGAUUUUGCCGGUCAAGGGAAAUAGGACUGCAAUUCAGUGCAGGUCUGUCUGUGUUUGCAUUGUAAUAUGUGGAAAUGCAGUUCUGUACACAGGUAGCUGUAUCAGAACAGAACCCAGGUAGAAGUAGCCUUUUAAAAUUCGCAUCUCCUGUCAUCAGAGAGAAAAACUGUCCGCAUUGAAGUCAAGGAGCAAAAUGAUGUGGACGACGAUGGAGAUGGAGACGGCGAUGACGAAGAAGAUGAGAGUGAAGAGUAUGAAGACGGAGAAAGUGAAGGAAGUGAAGGUGAAGAAGAUGAGAAGACUUCAGAUGAAAGGGAAUCUGAGCCUCAAGCUGCUGGAAAACAAUCUGCAGAGAAAAAGCUAAGUAAAGAACUAAGCUCUGAUUCAGAAGAUGAUUCGGAUGAUGAUCGCACUAAAGAAGAACGUUCCUAUGAUAAAGCUAAACGGCGAAUUGAGGUAUUUGGUCACAAUCUUUCUCAUGUAGUUAAUACGAUUCGUUCUGAACAAAAGAUGCUCCCUUUAUUGCUCUCUCACUCUCUCUCUUGCUUACUUCAGUGUUCCUUUGAAACCUUUUCCAUACCUUUGCUUCUUUGGUGAGGAUACGCAAUCUUGCACAAAUUGUUAAGGAGAAGGAAGCGUUUACUGCUGAAAGCAAAUGUCAAAAUUGUGGAACUUUGUAGCUUCUGUUGAGUUUCCAGGGUGCACCUUUGCCCAGAUAAAUUGCACUCACUAGUUUAUCAUGUACAGUGGUGCCCCGCAAGACGAAUGCCUCGCAAGACGGAAAACCCGCUAGACGAAAGGGUUUUCCGUUUUUGAGUUGCUUCGCAGGACGAAUUUCCCUAUGGGCUUGCUUCGCAAGACGAAAAUGUCUUGCAAGUCUUGAGAUUUUUUUUUCCGCUCCCCCCCCCCUUUAUCUAAGCCGCUAAGCCUUUAAUAGCCUUUUAGCAGCUAAUCCACUAAGCCGAUAAGCCUUUAAUAGCCACUAAACCGCUAAUAGCGCUAAUCCGUUAAGCCGCUAAUAGGGUUGCUUCGCAAGACGAAAAAACCGCUAGACGAAGACACUCGCGGAACGGAUUAAUUUCGUCUUGCGAGGCACCACUGUAUUUUUUUAGAAUAGGCUUCAUUAAGUUGUCCAAGAUGUAAUCUUCCGCAAGUCUGUGGCCACAUUGGCCAGAGACCAUGGGACAGGCUACAUGUAGCUACUUUGCUUCUAUAACAUUAGACAGGGUCAAAUUACCCAGUUGUGUAUAUGGCCAUAUGGAAAUAAAACCAGGUGUCCCAGUAAACCAAGGCUGCUGUUAAGAGCUUCUGUUGGGAACUGGCAAAAGCAGAUUUCCAUGUUUUUUUUCACCAUGACCUUGAGGAUUCUAAGUUUCAGCCUAGGACUACUGCCUUUUGGUGUAGAUGUCCUGCAAUCAGGUAAACUGUAAAUGUCUGCUUAAUGUGCUACCUAGGAACAAGUAUUUAGCUGGAAACCGUGUUUAAUGCUUUUUUCUCUGUUUACAAUUAUAUGUUUGAGUUAGGGGUAAGGACUCUUCGGCAUAAUUUUGAACACUCAAAAUUGAGUUGCUUUCCUGUUUAACUGUCUUCAUUUCUUUUUCCUUUUGACUUUAGUUGACAUUGUUUGUUCUUAAUUCUAGAAACGUCGUAUUGAAAACAGUAAAAAUGUGAAUACUGAGAUACUACGAGCACCUGUUAUUUGUGUACUUGGACAUGUAGAUACAGGGAAGACUAAAAUUCUAGAUAAGGUAAGGCGUAGGUGGGUUUCACAAAAUUGCAAGCUUUCUGCUAGUUAGCUAACAAUUUAACUGCCUGCUUCUACUUAAGCCUGAAAUUUUGUAGUAACUUGUGACCACUUAAAAUUGCUUGAUUCAAAACUGUCACCCGUGCCCUUUCAAAGCAUAUAUUAAUCAGCUCAUCCAAGUCGUCAUUCUUGCUCCCCCCCCCAAUUAUUCUGCUUUUUUUUUGUUUCAUGCAGCUCCGCCAUACCCAUGUACAAGACAGCGAAGCGGGAGGCAUCACUCAGCAGAUUGGUGCAACUAAUGUCCCCCUUGAGGCCAUUAAUGAACAAGCAAAGAUGGUGAAGACUGUAAGUAAGAUCUUUCUCAGAACUCCGUUGAUGUGCUUUGAGAAGGAACCAUUGAAUUAUAUUAUUUCUAGCGACCUCUCCUUUUCUCCACAUCUCUUGUUGGAAGCUAGCACAGUUUGAGUUUACGUUUGUUUGUCCUUUAUUUAGAAUGGACCUAUUUUGAAAAAAACCUUUAUUGGCUGAAAACAUCUACAUUUGCAACAUCAGUGCCUUAAAGUUGAGGUUCAUGGUUGGCUACUUUGUUGCCCAUCAUUCUUGUGAGCUGGAGUUGCCUCCUAUGUUAGUGGGGGCUUCUCAGAUCCAUAGCUAUUUAGAAAGGCAGUAGGUUUCAGAUAUUAUCUUGCCUCCUGUGCUCACAUACUGUUGCGCCACAAGUCUAGCUAGAAAGCUCAAAUGGGGGCCUUGUCCUCCUAUGCCAGGCAUGGUCAAACUUGGCCUUCCAGAUGUUUUGGGAUUACAACUUCCAUCAUCCUUAGCUAACAGGACCAGUGGUCAGGGAUGAUGGGAACUGUAGUCCCAAAACAUCUGGAGAGCCAAGUUUGGCCAUGCCUGUCCUAUGCUAUUUCCAUUGCAGCACCUUGCACUGAAAGCUGUUAGUCUCUGCUCUAGAAGAGGAGCUGCAUCAAGUUAAUGAAAACUUAAUGAUGCAAGUUUUGUUUUUUUUAAGUACUAUGAUUAUGUAGAUUGUGGAUGGAUUUCUUACAUUGAUUAUGUAAGAAACCAUGGCUAAAGUUCAAAAUUAUUGCUUAGGAUAUAUACACUAUCAAAGCUUUGGUUUGCAUAAGUUUCAAGGUAGCCAAUAUUUCGUAAUGUUAGUUUGACAGAGAGACGGUCAAGAUUCCAGGAAUGCUGAUCAUUGAUACUCCAGGACAUGAGUCUUUCAGGUAAGUUUGCAAUAUUUAUAUCUGGGAGUUUACCAUAUAAUGUUUGAAUACAUCUAUACAAGUAGAAAUUAGUUAGAUAAUGUUCUGUGUGCCUUUUGUUUUCAUUUCUAAUAGUUUUGCCAAACACUUCUACAGGAUAGAAUUUGCUUUAGAACAGCUACCUGUUCCUGGCAAUUCUCUCUAUCUUUUGCCCUUACUUAUUGAGUGUACCUUUCCUCCUCAAUGUUGCAGCAAUCUCCGAAAUCGAGGAAGCUCACUAUGUGAUAUUGCAAUUCUUGUAGUUGAUAUCAUGCAUGGUUUGGAGCCCCAGACCAUUGAAUCCAUAAACCUGCUGAAGUCUAAAAAAUGCCCAUUUAUUGUGGCACUCAACAAGGUAAGAUGACUUUUACAGUCUUACUGAUUCUGCCAUAAGAUCGUAAGAAGAGCCCUGCUAGAUCUGUCCAAAGGCCUAGCUAGUCCAACCUCUUACUUUCAACAGUGGCAAACUAGAUGCCUCUGGGAAGUCCCCAGGCAGGACAUGAAUGCAAUAUACCACUCCUUCUGCUGUUCCCCAGCAACUGUUGCUCAGGCUAAUGUUCAGGCAUCGGGCCUAAUGGCCAUUUCCAAAUGCCUUUUCGGGUUUUUUUAAAAAUGUGUGUGUCUUUUACUGUUUAAAAAUAUUUAUGCCAAUUGAGUGCUAAAUGUUUGUUCUAUCAAGGGACUCUCCUUCAGGAGCAAAUCCUGUUAAGUCUGCUUGCUUUGCAAGUUUAUCCUUGAAUUUUAGAAAGGGAAGAGCUUUCAUCCUCACUUCACUCCUGUUGAGAAGCUUGCCACUUGAAAAUACUGUAUUGAAAAUAAUGUUUUUUAGGGGCAGAGGUCUCCCACCCUUCAAAUCUUGCAACUAGGAUGCAUAGGAACCUAGAGGUUAUUGUGUAAUGUUUUAUUGCGUUUUUAUGUAUGUCAGAAGUCACUCAGUGGCUGGGGUAACCCAGUCAGAUGGGCAGGAUAUAAAUAAUAAAAUUAUUAUGUAAUUGUUUCCAGGCAUGAGAGUUUCAUUGAAAUUACCCAUCUUGAAUAGCAUUUCCAUGACUUCCAAUGGAUGGAUCUGAUUCACAUUGACAUUUCUUUGCUUGGAAAGAGCAGCUUUCUUCAUUUAAAAAAGGGGGAACCCUGUAUGUGCAAGGAAGCUGUGCAUUUAGGGGCAGAUGGCUCUCUGGGGUGAUAUGACUCCUCUAGAUACUUCAUAAAUGUUUAUUUUGUCUCUUAUUUUUAUCUGUAAGUCACCUUGAGUCCCUGGCAGGGAAAAAGGUGAGGUAUAAAUAAUAAUGACAUUUGCUUGUAGAUUCCCUACAGUUGCUGUUGACUUGCAUGGCUCCUACUGAGUAGCAUAACAUUCAUUCAAUCAAUCAAUCAAUCAAUCAAUCAAUCAAUCACAGAGACGUUUCUGGUUCUGAUUCUGAUCUGAUUUUCAAGAUUGAUAGGUUAUAUGACUGGAAAAAGAGUCCCGACACAGAUGUAGCUGCCACUUUGAAGAAGCAGAAAAAAAACACAAAGGACGAAUUUGAGGAACGUGCAAAAGCUAUCAUAGUGGAGUUUGCACAGCAGGUCAGCUGAAUUACUAUCAUUGCUUCCGUUAGUAUUUAAAAUGUAUUUUGGUAGUGGGGAGUCAUGCAAAGGCUCCCAAAUUUUUGCUGCUGCCUUAUUAGCCAACCAAAAAUGUAUUGACUCUCCCAAGACCAUCUGUUGUGCCUCACAAGUGUGGCAUGAGGUUAGCAGAAUAUCUUCUUCUCUUUUUUCCAGCUCUAUGCUUGGAGCUGGAGAGAAGGAUUCUCCUCCAAGCUUCUUUCUGGAGAUGAGAGACUGAAGCAUGUGCUUUUACAUUGGCACCUGCUGGAGGGUACCUAUUGGGUGCAGAGGCAAGUCCACGUUUCUUACCCUCUGUCUCCAGGAGGAGAAGGUGGUCUUUUGCCUUCUCUUCUUCUGCACCUGAGGGGGCACUUGGAGGAACUGUCCAGAGUGGAGGCAAGCUGAUAUGCUUCCAUCUCCCCACUCCUGCCCAGAGAUAAAGGAUUCUUAUGGCUCUCCGUUUAAGCGUGGCAAGCACAGAGCCUAAACAAAUCUUAGACUCUGGAGCUAGGGAGGGAGCAGGGCAAAUCACACAUCCCAUAUCGCUCCUGAGUUUGGAGAAAAGAUUGGAUUCCUCUCACUUGUCAAGGACUGGCUUUCCUCUCUCAAAUUGGCAGCAUCUGGUGGGGGGGGGAGUGAGGUUGUUUCACCCUGAUUAUAUGUGGUUGGAGAAAAAUAUUGGUCAGUAAGGAAGGGUUUCAGGGAGAAGAUGAAUUUUGAGAGGGGAUUUGAAGAAAGAGAGGUAGCUGCAUCAUGUCAUAUGUGUUCUGGAAGCGGGUUCAGGGUAUUUUUAUAUAGAUGCUACCUGGUGUUUAUACUCUUUCUCAUACAGUAUAGUAUUUAUUUAAAAAUUUCUAAUAGAAGUUUGAUAUUUGGUCUAAUAGUGUUCAGUGUUUUCCUGCCCUUUUAUUUGUACCAGAUUCCUAUCACACCUUUCUAUACUAACUUCUUUGCCUCUUGCUCCUUCCCCUAAUGCUGUGCUUGUGGUUUUAGGGCCUGAAUGCUGCCUUGUACUAUGAAAAUAAAGAUCCCCGCACAUUUGUCUCUCUGGUUCCUACCUCUGCUCACACUGGGGAUGGCAUGGGAAGUCUAAUAGCUCUUCUUGUUGAAUUGACGCAAAACAUGUUAAACAAGAGACUGGCACACUGUGAAGAGCUGAGAGCCCAAGUUAUGGAGGUAAUUUGAUAUGCAUCUUUUGAUCUGGAUUGAAAGGAAACAUUCUUUUUGUUGCAUGUGGAUAACCUGCAGCCCAUGGGCAAUAGAUGAAACCCUCAGAGCCCUUUCAUGCAUCUGGCACAGGUGCCCAUGUUGCAACCCUGCCACCAAAUUUACAUUUGGUCUCCUCCCUGCCUGAGCAGGCAAAGAAGAGAGCUUUAUGAGUGUAGGAGUGUACACCUUGCAGAAGCCUUUUCUGCCAGGAGGGGGAAGGAAACAGAUAGCAGGGAGAGAAGAGCGCUUCUGUGGGGUUGGAGAAGCAAAGCAGACAGAGUUGAUGUAAGUUGGGAGUCUGAGAUCUGGGGCAGCGGGGUGGGGAGUUGACGGAGAUUUUUUUUCUUCCUAGGAGAAAAGUUGUUUGACUCACUGUCAUCUAAAGUGAGGAGAUGAAAGGCAGAUUACUGAGAAAAUCAACAAAGGAGGAAAAUUUGAAAGACAAUUUUUUUGGAACAUGAUGUGUGUGCCUGUGCAAGGCUUUCUGCUUGUGGCCUUUGGAGAGAAAUGAUUUGACUGUCUUCUGUCUCUUAGGUCAAAGCACUUCCUGGUAUGGGUACCACAAUAGAUGUCAUUUUGAUUAAUGGUCGCUUGAGAGAAGGAGAUACCAUUAUAGUUCCUGGAGUAGAAGGUCCCAUCGUAACGCAGAUAAGAGGCCUUCUGUUACCUCCACCUAUGAAAGAACUUCGAGUGAAGGUAGGCAAGCAGCGUGUGGAAACACAUUCUCAAAUUAACUACUAAUGCCUAAUGCUAUUCAGCAGAAAUGCUUGGCAGUUCACGCUCUCCCUCACCUUUCUGGAAAAUAAUACAAAAUAACACUAUUAUUUCUUCACAGAAAUUGCCCUUUGCAGGAUCAGGACCAUUGAAGGGAGGUGGAGCUUUUGUGUUCAAUGGCCUCCUGUUGUUUUAUCCAUUUUUAGUCAUGUGGUUUGCCAGUGUACUGCUGUUAGCAAAAAUAACACCCUUAAAUUCUGAGGGCAGAAUAAGGCAUGCAAAUUGAGAGUAUAUACACAACUGUUGUAAUGUUGUAGGCCUUUUGAGUUUGUGGUAUGAUAUUUAUAUGAAUAUAAAAUAUGUAAUUUAAUACAAAACCAUUCUCAUAGCAAUACACUCCAUAUAUAUUUGCUUUAAUGGUCAUAUCUAAGUGCAGCAUUGUAAUAUUUUUUCUGCCACAAGGCCACAACUUAAAGCUUUUUUCGGGCCUUGAGCUUUCGAAGCUAUGAUCCACAAAUCUGAACCUGGAAAUAAUAUCUGAGAUAUAAGCUAUACAGAGUUACAAUGUACAUCUUUCUCUCCUUAGAAUCAGUAUGAAAAACACAAAGAAGUUGCUGCUGCUCAAGGAGUGAAGAUUCUUGGAAAGGAUUUGGAGAAAACAUUGGCUGGUUUACCUCUGCUUGUAGCUUACAAAGAAGAUGAAAUUCCGGUUCUUAAGGUUAGGCAUACAUGAUCUCUCUCAGAAUGGAAAUAGCUAGGAAAUCUCAGUGUGAGAUUAGGCUGCACGAGGACUAUGCUGCUUGGAGCUUCAUCAUCAGAAUAACAACUUUUUCAAGGGGAGAAGUCAGACUUUUAUUUCCAGGUAGAAGAAAGCAUACCUCUUUGAUUCAAAGAGUAAAAGUAAAAUAAGCCAGUAAUAGGGAAAAUCCGGACAGAAACGUUGUUGAGCCAGCUUUAGUUUAUGAACAUGCAGGCAGGGUCAUGCCUUAUGAGAAGUAAUGAUUGUUCUUAAUAGACGGAAUACCUGUGUUUUGAAAAGUAGAUUGCUAUAAGGUACAUGCUGCUCCAUCUUCUUGGGUAAGCUAUUAACUAUUCAGGUUCUACGUAGAAUUAAAAAACUUGUAUACCUCAGAUGCAGUUCUGCAUCCUUUAGAAUCGUGCAAGAAUUAAACUGGAAUCCGUGCUGAACUUUUAGGUAUUGCAGCAUGCUCUUGCAGGCCGUGAACAUGCGUGUUUAAAAUUAUCUGCUUUCAAACUCACCAAAGCUACUUGAAUUCAUUUAUUGUACUUCUGGAGUUUCCCCACUUGCUUCUGACCAUCUGUUCUUUCCUGGGACACAGUGAUAACUACUAAGUGUGGGCAGUGAACUGUCUGCUCCAGGGAUUGAGAGGGAUGACUUGGAGUUUGAUUUGUGGCAUUUCUGUCUAAACCUUUUUUGCAGUGAUGUGGUAGGCUUAGCUGUUAAGGGUUUGCUUCAUAUACUGCCACUUCAUGGCAUGAAGAAAGCUUUAACUUCCAGUGCUGUGAUCCACAGAUCUGAAGCUAUAAAUCAUGUUUGAGAUAUAAGCUAUACAUAGUUAUAUUGUACACUGUGCCACAUAGGGCUGAUGAAGAUAUUGGGAUUCUACUUGUACUGUCCAGAUGAUCUGUGAAACUUGACAAGCUAAGAUAAGUGAGAUCUCUUAAGAUGUGCUAUUUUUUUACAUUAAAAGGAUGAAUUAAUACACGAAUUGAAACAAACGCUGAAUGCCAUAAAGUUAGAAGAGAAAGGUGUUUAUGUGCAGGCAUCUACUCUGGGUUCUUUGGAAGCCUUACUUGAAUUUCUGAAAACAUCAGAAGUGCCAGUAAGUAUCCAAUUUUCUACUUUACAGUCUUAAAUUGCUGUACUCUGAAUUGGAGCAUAUUACAGAAUUGAAAACAGAGAUUAAUCGGACUUUUCCUCCCAUUUCCUGACAGUAUGCUGGAAUUAAUAUAGGCCCUGUCCAUAGAAAGGAUGUUAUGAAGGCAUCGGUUAUGUUGGAACAUGAUCCUCAGUAUGUAGCUUUUUAAAAUAUACAUUACUGUUACUAUUUGUAUAAUCAAAUUCCUGUCUUCCUCAUCAACCUUACAUUUUGUCUCCUAGGUAUGCAGUAAUCUUGGCAUUUGAUGUGAGGAUUGAACGAGAUGCUCAGGAAAUGGCUGAUAGUUUAGGAGUUAGAAUCUUUAGUGCAGAAAUUAUUUAUCACUUAUUUGAUGCUUUCACAAAGUAUAGACAAGACUAUAAAAAACAGAAGCAGGAAGAAUUCAAGUAAGUAGCAUUCUUGUGUUUAUUUUUUUGCUAUGUUGCAAGAUGUACGUGAAGAUUAUGAGAAGGGCUUGUUAGUAUCUGAAACUGAAGAAUUUUCAAAGUCAUUUUCUGAGCUACUUUUUUUAAAGCUAGGGACCAACUGUAUAUAGGACAGGAUUCAAACAACUAUGCAUGGAGUUUCUGUACGCCUACUAGUGCUUAGAAAGGAGCAGUUUGGCAUGUUGUAAGGAACUGCAGCUGGCAAAAAAGUGCAGAAAACCACCAGGGAGGUCUGUCAAUGAUAUAAGUACUUGAACAUAUACAUUAAGUUAUUAAGAUCUCUAAUGCAAGAAAAAUUAAAAUUCUGAACCGUAAGAAAUAGCAUUUUACCCUGGGUGUUUUGGUAUACAAUUUGAGUAAAUAAAUACCGAACUUUUCCGUGUAUAAGACGAGCUUUUUUUUACUGUAAAAUGAUGUUCAAAAAUGGGGGACGUCUUAUACACGGAUAGUGCGGGGGGGACGGGUGAUUGGUAGCAGCCAUGAUCAGGAGCUUGUCAGCUGUGAUUUUGUGGGUGAUUGGUGGUUGCGUAAAGUGCUGCUUUGGAUUGGCUGGUGCUGCGGAAAUUUGGUGGGUGAUUGGUUGCUGCGGCAAGUGUUGCUCUGGAUUUGCUGCUGCUUCGGCGAUUGAGCGUGCGUUUCCCAUCUGCUGUUUGUGAUGGUGCAGAGGCAUGAGUUUGGCAACGCAAGUGAUUGUCAGCUUUUGUAAUUUGGGUUAGUGGUUUUCGGCAUUCCCCCCUGAGAAAAGCUCAACAACUCUGGGCCAUCUCCCCCCAUUUUCUUAAAUUUGAGUCCCCAAAAAUAGGGGCAUCUUAUUCGCUGGAGUUAUGUCAGAAUUUUUUUGCUGGCUCACUCAGCUGUGUGAGGGACAAGUGAUCUUGUUACAGCUAGUUGCUGUGUGUUGUAACUUAGGCUACUAACUCCAGCACCAGGUGCCCACAUACUCCUAAAACUAUUAUUGUUCACUCACCUACUGCAAUCCAGGUCUUGUUGAUCAUUAAAAAAGAUACCUGCUCAUGACUAGCUAUACUAUGACAAAGAUGCACAUCCCACUGAAAACAAUAGAGUACCAAUACAGUGGUUCCUCUGGUUACGAACUUAGUUCAUUCUAGAGGUACGUUCUUAACCUGAAACCAUUCUUAACCUGAGGUACCACUUUAGCUAAUGGGGCCUCUCGAUGCCACCGGUGCGCGAUUUCUGUUCUCAUCCUGAGGUAAAGUUCUUAACCUGAGGUACUACUUCGGGGUUAGCGGAGUCUGUAACCCAAAGUGUUUGUAACCUGAGGUUUUUUUAACCCACUGUACGCUGUACGCAUUACUGAGAUGUGCAUUGGUUGUGCAAUUGGAUCCACUUCCCAGUCCAGCAAAAAGUAUACACAUAGACUCCUGCUGGAUAGCUCAGUUGGUCAGAGCAUGGUGCUGAUAACUCCAAGGUUGCAGGUUUGAUCCCCUUAUGGGAUGGCUGCAUAUUCCUGCAUGGCAGGGGGUUGGACUAGAUGACCCUCAGGAACUCUUCUAACUCCAUGAGUCUGAUUUAUGUAUGGAGCUUUUUCAUAAUCAAAAUAAACUUUGAAGCAAGGGCUGAUUUGUAGAAUGACUAACCAUAGUGGGUGGCUGUCUGCAAUCAUUUGGCACACAGAAGGUGGUAAAAUUCUCCUCCUUAGCACUUUGUAAAAGAUUACAGGUAACCCAUACAGUUGAACAACGUAAGAUGCCUGGUUGUUUAGUACCCUGCCAAGUGUUAAGGAGGAUUCUUGCAUAUACCAGGUGCAGAUAUAAUGUGUAGAAUGGAUGCCUUAUGGGCUAAUAAGAGCAGCUUACCAUGUUUUUACAUGUACAUCAUGGCUACUACUUUAAAAAGUUAUCUGUAUCCAUGUUUUACUUGUGUUUACCAAAACCUGUUGUUUUCCCCCCCUAUAGGCAUAUAGCAGUAUUUCCUUGUAAGAUGAAAAUACUUCCUCAGUUUAUUUUUAAUUCUCGAGAUCCUAUAGUGAUGGGAGUCAUUGUGGAAGCAGGUCAGGUAAAACAAGGAACGCCCAUGUGUGUACCUAGCAAAAAUGUGAGUAUUCUGUUUUCUUAAACUGAGUCUUAACAGAUGGCAGGCUGUGUACUGGCCAGAGUCAGGAUAUUUGCUCUCUUUACUCUGCCUCUCUUAAUAUUAGUAUAGUCUUAACUUACCAUAUGGAAUAACUAUAAAGCAGGAAUGGGUGAUCUGUGUCCCUCCAAAUGUUAUUACACUAACAACGCCCAUCAGCCCCAGCCAGCAUGAUCAGCAUAUUUCCCAUUUCUGCCAGGAGCAAGGGUUGUGCAUAGUAACCUUCCAGCGUUAGCAGUAGAGAAAACGAACAGCAAGCAGUGCAGUGAAUGUAGGCUAGACUAAAGUGUAAGUUUGGGCUGCGUAACAAAUGUUUCCUUCAUGCUUACAUGUCCCUAGAUCUAACUUAGCCCUGCAGUUGUGAAUCUUAAAUUUGACAAGACCUAAAUAUUUUCUGAAAUAAUUAAAUGCAUGAGUAAUGGAGCCAAUUCAAAUACCGACUUAACAACUUGCCUAAUCUAAAACUGACCACCUAUUGACUAAAAUGUUUUCAGCCCAGACCGCUUUGCCAGUGGUGGUGGGUGUUUCGCUAUGUCUGAGGUCCACAGAUUACCCAACUCUGUUUUAAAUCAUAAUCAGUAUUACAUAAUAAAACAGCGUUUUUUAUGCACAAUAGAGAGAAAACUUGUAUGUGGCAGUUUAGAAUUGUAUCUCUUAAAUACAGUCAUAGCUGUAGUAGCCUUAAACAACUUAGGAGCUGUGUUCUUGAACUUGCAUUGUGGUAUAAAUGUAGAGAUUAUAGGGUAGUUUUCACUUGACAAACUCAGUCAGCAAAAGCCCCAAACAUGGAAUUCUACUUGUGUAAAAGGGGCUUUCUGCGCCUCUCCUCCCCCUGCGCCCUCCAAAAUUGGCUCAAAGCAGACAGGUAUGUUCCAACUGGCAAGCGAAAAUGCUUGCACAUAUAGAACAUUCAUCAUAUGCCAUGUUGAAUUCCAUCCAUGUACUCCUAGAAACAAGGCCUGGUAGGUGUAGCAGGCCACAAGGUGACUCAAGCCUGGGAGGAGUCCCCCUUGCCAGCAGCAAUCCUCAGGAAAGUGAUUAAUACUGGUGUGAGUAGGAACCUUUGUACAGGAGUCUCCAUUAUGGUCUUGGUAAUAUUGCUAUGGCUCCCUUAGUUCUGGAGGGUAAUGAAAGAAUCCAUAUUGUAAUCUUCUAUUGUAGAAUCUCAUUCAUAUUAUGCUAGUAGAUGAGCCAAUAGAAGAUUGGCAUAUUGAUUUGUUAUGAUUGUAUAUAGAUUUCUAGCAGCAGCCAAGUUUAUUUACUGUGUCUACUCUAAUCCUCCUAGCUGUGUGUUUCUAUAAAUUAGUUGGGUUGCUAAUAAAACUUAAGAGCUCUAAAAUGUCCUGUGUUUCUGUUGCAGUUCAUUGAUAUUGGAAUAGUUACAAGUAUUGAAAUAAAUCACAAACAAGUGGAUGUUGCAAAAAAAGGUCAAGAAGUCUGCGUGAAAAUAGAACCUAUUCCUGGUGAAGCACCUAAAAUGUUUGGGCGCCACUUUGAAGCAACAGAUAUACUUGUCAGCAAGGUAGGUGCUUAUGUUGUGAGUGGGAUGGGUUCGCAUUCUUCGAAAGACUCAGUCACAUGUUGUGGACAUCAAGGAGCAACCCUGUGUGUGCGUUUAGCAGCUUCUGGUGGUGCACCAGCUGCUCCCUUUCCUGAAAAGGAAUGCGCUAGCCAUAUUAAAUCAUGCUUCAGUGCACUCUUUUAUUGUGCUCUUAACAAUUGGCUUUUUCUUUUGAAGUAGAGUGUUGUCCUUGUAAGCGUGUUUAGUUACAUAAGCUUAGUUUCAUGGACAUGCGGAAUGAGCACACAAGUUUGUACCAGUGACAUGCACCCCAAAGUGCUUAUUUAUGGCAUUCUCAGUAUGGCUAAACAGAUUAGAGAAUCAAGCCAACAUUCAAUCCACCUGCAGUUUUACACUGAUGAAAUUGUUAUAGAAGUUUAGAGGUAGGUAACGCGAGUUGCAGUGCAGCAUUAGCUAGAGGGCUAGAGCUUCCAUAACCUUUACAUCCUUCCAUCAGAAGAGUUGUGGUGAUCUUAGGAUACCCCCUUCUUUGGCUGUGGCAAAGCUGUCCUGGGACAGAUUCAAAAACAGCAGAGGAUACAGAAUGAGGCACUGCAUAUCAAAGUGUCUUUGGUGUUUUGAGUUUGCUGCUUGUCGGCCUCUAGUUAUAUAAUUCUGAAUAUUAUGAGUUUCAAAUUGUUAGCUGUCUUGUUAUCCCCUGUUUUAGGAUAAACACAUCUUUUCAUGAUGAGAUAUGUAUUUAUUAAAUAUUGAUGGUAAACCAUGAUUGUAUUUAGCAUAUAUGCUACUGUAAAUAUGCAGCAUAGUUGAUUCUUGCUUGUCUGUUCUGUCCAGAAGGAUGUAGUUGCACAAAACAUCUCAUUUAUGUGCUACCAGGACUUAUCUGACCUUAAGUAGCUCACAUAUGAUCAGGCAUGUCCGAGUACUAAAAGUGGUUUGCUCAAAUCUGCCUAGUUAGCAAAGUUAAUUUGCACUUGCUUAUUCAUUUGUGUUAUCACAAUGUGUAUUUUGUGUUCUAUCUGCAGAUUAGUCGUCAGUCCAUUGAUGCCCUGAAAAACUGGUUCAGAGAUGAAAUGCAAAAGUCUGACUGGCAGCUUAUUGUGGAGCUAAAGAAAGUAUUUGAAAUCAUAUGAAGUUCUUUUAAGCAAUGGGCAAGCUAGCAUAAACCCACAAUUCCUAUUACAAAAAUCACCAACAGCAGAUUAUAAUGAAUGUGCUGUUGAUUAACAUCUGGGGGGAAAUAGGUGGAUAAAAUGUUUUCCAUGAGAAACCAAGUAACUUUCACUGGUUUGACAGUGGUCAAUUUACAUGUCCCUGUGGCUCCAAUGUGCCUGUGCCCCCACUGUCCUCCCCUUUAUACUGGCUACUGUUUUAAAGUUUGGCCUUCCCAGAUCUCUCAUCUGAAAUAAAAAAAUAAUAAUUUUUUAUGACAGAACUCAACUUUCACUUUUAUACUUGGUAAGAUCAGUGCUGCAGUAUUUGAUUGACCAAAGUCCUGCAGAGGUUGUGAUUCUUGGAAUUUUUUUGAUGUAAGAAUUGUUUAUUUAUGCAUACCUCUUUUUGCCCCUUGAUUUUUCAACAUUCUUCUGCUUUGUGCCUAUAGGAAUUUUUUAAGGUAGAAAAAUUAGGCAAUUGGGUAUCUGUGUUUGCUUUGUGUGAAACAAUGAUGUAAAGCAUAGUUGGCUGCCUUUGCUUGCACAGUUUGUCAAACUGUAAUAAUGUUGACCUGCAAAAUAAAGGAAAAUGGACAUUAUCCUGUUAAAUUACCUUCUAAUAAAGGCAGCACAGCAUGCAACAUGUAUAACUGUCAAGUUAAAUUGUUACCAGUGGCUGAUCCUAAUAAUUCGUUCAGCUGCAACUUAAUUGAUACUAGAUAUGACUGCUGCAGUCUUGUCUUAACUGAACAGUUCUUGUAGAGCUGUUUGCAGUAUCUGGUAAGGGGACUAGUAGAUUAACACUGCAAUCCAGUAUUUAUAGCCACUGAAUUCAGGGGGACUUAUUAUUGGGUAAGUGUGUACAUAACCACAGUCUAAAUCACCUUUAGGAUGGUGCAAGCUAGAGAGGAUCCCAUGUCAUGUGAGCAGCACUGCUGAAGUUACAUACGACAUGGAAGGCAGAUCUUGACGGGAUCCUACAUGCAACUAAGGAACUAAACAUACCCACAAACCCCUAACCCUUCUUGGUUAUCUAGUUGCAAACAUUCAACCAUGUGUGUCCCCUCACCCUUGUAACUGCAGGGAUGCAGACACUCAUGGGUGAGUGGAAGGGAAGGUAGAACUUCCCACUUCGGUCCCUACUUCCCAGUUCCUCACUGGCCCCCAAUAUCUACUAGUCAGAUAGGACAAUGAAGCAAGGUACAGGUAAGCCAACAACAGCAUCCUUUCCACAACAACACAGCCAGUAAGUCUGGGAUAAUGGGAGGGCACCACAGUGGAUACAACUGUGUUAAAGAACACUGUGCCAUAUCUCACUGCAUAUCUUUAGCCUCUUUCACAUGCAGCCUUCAAAUAUUUCACUGGGCUUUUAAUAGCAGAAUCACAAAAUAAAACGAAAUAAGCUGUGAUCAUUAGGAUGUUGAAAUUUGCUGGAAUUUAUCCUAUACUUACAUGAAACUGGAAGCGAGCACUGCUUUUAGUCAACACAGUAGAAGCAACACCUAGAAACUCCUUGUCUGCUCCUAAAGUCACUAUGCAAACAAGCAAACUUUGGAAAAAGGUUAUGAGGAUGAAAGAGUAUUUUUAAAAGAACUGUAUUUCUGUCAUACCACCACUUUAAACAGGUAUGUUUGCCACUGUAUGGUGUCUGUAAGCUUGAAUGGAUAGAAGUGGAAUAUAUAAAUGUUAAACAUUAAUGCUAUUUUAUCGCAUCAUUGAGUUAACAGUUGCUUGAAAAACUUCUCAGAGAGUUACCUCUAAUAGAACUGGAGCACUAAGACAAUAGAAUCUGUACAAAUUACAUACAGUUCUUUAUUAAACAACUGUAAACACUUCACUGUAAAAAUCCAUAAAACUUUUAUAAACCAACAUUUUGUAAAUAGAUUCUAUACUACAAUAAAAGAAUUUGAACACAGU